AUGUUCGAGACACUAAACAUCCCACAGAAGAACUUGAAAUACGAACAGCCCUUGGGCCUCUUUAUCAACAACGAGUUUGUUGUAUCCAGCGACAACAGCAAGAUCGAAACCGUCAACCCGGCGACAGGCGAAAAGAUCACGGCGUUCCACGCUGCGUCCAAAUCAGAUGUAGACAAGGCAGUCAAGGCUGCCCGUGAAGCAUAUGAGACCAAGUGGAGCAAGACGUCUGCGGAGGAGCGUGGGAUUUUGCUGGCCAAGUUGUGCGACCUUAUUGAGCAAGAAAAGCAUCUUCUAGCGGCGAUUGAGACGCUGGACUCAGGUAAGCCCUAUGAAUCCAACGCAUUGGCUGACCUAGAGCAAAUUAUUCAGUGUACUCGUUAUUUCGCAGGCGCUGCUGACAAGUAUACCAAGGGUGAAAUGAUCCCUCUCACACAUGACAAGUACGCCUACACCAUAAAGUCCCCUUACGGCGUGGUCGCGCAGGUAAUCCCUUGGAAUUACCCUCUAGCUAUGGCCAGCUGGAAGAUCCAAAGUUGUCUCGCUGCAGGUAACACCAUAAUCAUCAAGCCCGCCGAAAACACCUCUCUAUCGUUGCUGUACCUAGCACAGCUGUUUAAGAAAGCUGGGUUCCCAGCCGGUGUGCUCAACGUGGUACCCGGCUACGGUGACGUUGUGGGGUCCGAAUUGGCUACUCAUCCGGACGUGGACAAGAUUGCAUUUACCGGUAGUACUGCAGUUGGGCAGAAGAUCAUGCAAAUGGCUUCAUCCACGCUGAAAGCAGUCACGUUGGAAUGUGGUGGUAAAUCUCCUGCAGUUGUGUUUGAAGAUGCAAACCUCGAUGAGGCUGUUAAGUGGACAGCUGCAGGUAUCUUUUAUAAUUCUGGUCAAAACUGUACUGCCAACUCUCGUAUCUAUGUUCAAGAAUCCGUUUACGACAAGUUUUUGGAAAAGUUCACCCAGUUCACUGAAUCCGAGUGGAAUUUUGGCGCCUCUUGCGAUCCAUUUGAGGAAGCUUGCAAGGUGGGCCCACUGAUCUCGCAAACACAGUACGAUCGAGUUACGGGCUUCAUCAACCAUGGUAAAGAAGUCGAGAAAUUGAAUAUCAAACAGAUGGGUAAGCCUGUUGACAAGGGAUAUUUUGUUCCCCCUACUAUUUUUACCGAUGUGCCCCAGACUUCCAAAUUGGUCCGUGACGAGAUUUUCGGACCAGUUGCCAUUGUGGCCAAGUUCAAGGAUUACGAUGAGGCCAUGAAGUUGUCUAACGACACCUCUUACGGACUUGCCUCUGCUGUUUUUACUGAGGACAUCCGCAAGGCUCAUCAAUUCGCACGGGAUAUCAAGGCUGGUACCUGUUGGGUCAACUCCUCGAAUGACGAAGAAGUCAGCGUACCCUUUGGUGGUUUCAAAAUGAGCGGUAUUGGACGUGAAUUGGGCCAAAGUGGUGUGGACGCCUAUGUGCAAACAAAGGCGGUGCACAUGAACAUUUCAAAACUAUAA